AUGAACGUGGUGGGGGGCUACCCUGCGCACCCUUUGCCCCACCAGGGCCACUCUCACCCUGCGCACCCUGCCCACGGGGCCCUCCUCCCCCAGGGAGCCUUCCUCUUCGGGGGCCCCCCUCCUCCUCCUCCUCCGCCGCCCCCUCCUCGGCCCUUCGCCCCCGGAUGGAUCCUCAGCGCCGGGCCCGAGAUCUCCCCCCCUCCGCCGCCCGCCUCCUCCUCGCUGGGCCUGGUGCCCUCGCCCUCGGAGCCCCCGCAGCACCACCAGCACCAGCACCAGCAGCAGCAGCAGCGCCGGCGGGGCUCCUUGGGGGCGGGGGGUCCUCCUGGGGGCCCUCCUCCUCCUCCUCGGAAGGAGCGUCGUCGGACGGAGAGCCUGAACAGCGCCUUCGCGGAGCUGCGCGAGUGCAUCCCGAACGUGCCGGCGGACACCAAGCUCUCCAAGAUCAAGACCCUGCGCCUGGCCACCAGCUACAUCGCCUACCUCAUGGAGGUCCUGGCCAAGGAGGCGCCCCACCCCGAGGGCUUCAAGGCCCACCUCAAGAAGGAGGCCCCCCAGGCAGCCCCCGCCAAGAGGAAGAGGGAGCAGCCCCCGCCAGUGAGGAAUAAGCCCAUCCACGGAGGAGAGAAGCGGCUUAAGGGCAGGACUGGAUGGCCUCAGCAGGUCUGGGCCCUGGAACUGAACCCCUGA